UCUUCAUUACUCAAAGGCUUUUAUUACAUGUAUAUAGGCAGAAAGUGAAACUGAAACAACAUAAUAUAACAGAGAGAAACAUAGAAAUCUUCUUGUGUUUUAUUUUUCUGGGAAUAAAAUUCUUUCAAUUUGAUUCUCUAUGGCUUCGAAGUUGUUAAUGAUCACUGUCUUCGUUUUGGAUUUAAUUGCUUUUGCUUUGGCUGUUGCUGCAGAGCAGAGAAGGAGCACCGCCACAAUAAAAACAGAUAAUGAGCAGGUUUAUAGCUAUUGUGUCUAUGACUCCGACAUUUCAACUGGAUUUGGCGUUGGUGCCUUCUUAUUUCUCAUGGUCAGUCAAAUCCUUAUAAUGGUGGCAAGCCGUUGCUUCUGUUGUGGAAAUGCUUUGAGCCCCGGUAGUUCAAGGGGUUGUGCUGUUCUUUUAUUUAUCAUAUGCUGGGUUACAUUUUUCAUUGCUGAGGUGUGCUUGUUGGCCGGUUCUGUUACUAACGCGUACCACACCAAAUAUAGAUCAUCACUCUUGUUUAAUGAUAAGCCUCUAUCUUGUGAGACCGUGAGAAAGGGAGUUUUUGCAGCUGGAGCGGCUUUCAUUUUCUUCACCAGCAUAAUCUCCAAGUUCUACUAUGUGUCUUACUCCAAGGCCAAGGGUAGCCCUGGACCAUUUGGUGGAGAAGCCGGUGUGGGGAUGACAGCCUACAAAUGAGUGUGAUCAAUCAUGUCAUGAAUUUCUCUAUGAAUACAAACUUUUCCAUUUCUUAAUUA